AUGGAGAUCGACAUGAAGGCCAUCAGCGCCGCCGCUCAGGCGUGCGUAAAGAAGAUGCGCGACGCCAAGGUGAACGAGGCGUGCAUCCGCACCUUCAUUGCGCAGCACGUCAUGGUCAGUAAUGGUGAGACAGGGUCGAUUCCCGACUCCGCCAUCACGCGAAUUGAGUCCCUCGAUGAGCUGGAGGGACUCACCACUGAGUGCGACAACGCUGUCCUGCAGAGCACCGUUGUAUUGAAGUUGAACGGCGGUCUCGGCACCGGUAUGGGGCUGCACGACGCCAAGACGCUGCUUGAUGUCAAAGAUGGAAAAACGUUUCUUGACUUUACGGCACUGCAGGUGCAGUAUCUUCGCCAGCACUGCAGCGAGCGUCUGCGCUUCAUGUUGAUGAAUAGCUUCAACACCUCCGCUAGCACCAGGAGGUUCCUGGAGGCUCGCUACCCGUGGCUGUACCAGGUUUUUGACUCAGAGGUGGAGCUGAUGCAGAACCAGGUGCCCAAAAUAUUGCAAGACACCCUCGAACCGGUAACAUGGCCCGAGGACCCGGGGUGCGAGUGGGCGCCGCCGGGGCAUGGCGACAUCUACACCGCUUUGUAUGGCUCUGGCAAGCUACAGGAACUUGUCAACCAGGGCUACCGCUACAUCUUCGUCAGCAACGGUGACAACCUCGGAGCCACCAUUGACAAGCGCGUGCUGGCGUACAUGGAGGAGAAGCAGAUCGACUUUCUGAUGGAGGUGUGCCGCCGCACGGAGAGCGAUAAGAAAGGCGGCCACCUGGCCCGGCAGGUCGUGUGCGCUAAGUCAAAGGGCUCUCAGCCAGAUGCCAGCACGGGAGGGUUACUGUUGCUGCGGGAGUUGGCCCAGUGUCCCAAGGAGGAUAUGAACAAUUUCCAAGACAUCAACAAGCACUCCUUCUUUAACACUAACAACUUAUGGAUACGGCUCCCGGCGCUGCUGGCGACGAUGGAGAAGCACGGCGGCACACUACCGUUGCCAGUUAUCCGCAACGAGAAGACGGUCGACCCAUCUAACCCAGCAUCGCCCAAAGUGUACCAGCUAGAAACUGCCAUGGGCGCCGCGAUCGCCAUGUUCGAAAACGCAUCAGCCCUCGUCGUGCCUCGCAGCCGCUUCGCACCAGUGAAGACGUGCGCCGACCUGCUCGCUCUGCGCUCCGACGCCUAUGUCGUGACGAACGACUCUCGGCUCGUACUGGACGAUCGCUGCCACGGUCAUCCACCCGUCGUCGACCUCGAUAACGCGCACUACAAGAUGAUGGGCGGCUUUGAGAAACUCGUGCAGAACGGCGUGCCAUCACUGGUCAAGUGCAAGCGCUUGAUAGUGAAGGGACUGGUUCAGUUCGGCACUGACAACGUGCUGACGGGCACAGUCAAGAUCGAGAAUGCGCACAGCGCCUCGGCGUUCGUGACACCCGAUGGCGCCAAGCUGACCGACACGACAGUGUCACCGCCGUAG